AUGGCAAUGAAUUUUGCAAGCUAUACGCAAAGCUUCUUCGCACGAGCGAUUAUCAAGGAGAAGGUGGUGCUUAAAAAUGCGCACAGGGACGGAAUCUCUGUGUUAAAAUACUAUAUCAACGAAAAAAGUGGCAAAAUACGGCUGAAGGCAGUAGCGGCUUUAUUUUUAUAA